CACUGAUUUUCUUUCCUUCAUUUCCGGUGAGUUUGGGUGCUCCGCGUUUUUCGCACAAAUUUAAUUUUCUCGUGUAACUCGUGACAAAGCUGAUAAAGAUGCCUGAGCUGACCGAAAUCAAGAACGAGGCCGCGGCCUCCACCUCUGCUGAGGCAAAGCCCGAGGAUGUGCGCGUCGAGGAUGACGGUAGCGAUAGCGACUCCGACGGCGGCAUGCCCGGCCUGGAGGAGGCUGGUGCAGCCACCACACAGCUGGGAGGCGGUGCCACCGGUCUGCCCAUCGAUCUGGUGUCCAAGGCCAAGCAGUCGCGCGGCGAGAAGAAGGCCAGGAAGAUCAUGCUGAAGCUCGGCCUCAAGCAGAUCCAGGGUGUCAACCGUGUGACCAUCCGGAAGUCGAAGAACAUCCUCUUCGUCAUCAACAACCCGGACGUGUACAAGAACCCGCACAGCGACACCUACAUCGUCUUCGGCGAGGCCAAGAUCGAGGAUCUGUCGCAGCAGGCUCAGGUGGCCGCGGCCGAGAAGUUCAAGGCCCCGGAGGCUGCUGGAGCUGCCGACAGCGUUGGCGCUACCACAUCGGUGGCCCCCAUCGCCGAGGAGGAUGAGGAGGAUGUGGACGACACUGGCGUCGACGAGAAGGACAUUGAGCUUGUGAUAACGCAGGCGAACACGACGCGAGCAAAGGCCAUCAAGGCGCUGAAGAACAACAGCAACGACAUAGUCAACGCCAUUAUGGAGCUGACCAUGCUCUAAAGCGCACUCCAGCCGUUGCUGCCGUGCCUCUUCAUUUCGUUGUUUACCCGCCUUUCGAUACCCUACUGAUCCAAAUGCAGUGCGUGCCCCUCCUGGGCAGCACGUGUCACCAGUCGAACAUUUAAUUAUAUUUCACAAGAUUAUUGAAUCUUAAUAAAAGUGGACUUCAUUCAGA